AUGAGAUAUAAAAUAGUAAUUUGCUUUCUCCAAAUAUCAAAUAAUACAUCAAAUAUCCAAAUGAAAAGCAAUCUCCUCUCUUACUUGGAGUGUUUUUAAUUUUUUUGCUAUUAUUUUUGUUUAUUUAUUCAUAAUAAUCCUCAUAAAAGUUUUAUACUUCUGGAGGGCUAAAUAAAGAAUUUCCUUAAAAUGAAUCUUAUGCAUAAUAAUUAUCCAUUUCAAUCAGCUUGUUUCCCAUUCCGAAAUCUGCCACUACAGCAUUAUUAUUGUAAUCUAUUAGUAUAUUGUCAGGUUUAAUAUCUUAUACAAUAAAUCUAUUUUUAUGGAUAUAGUAUAAAUUUUCAGCAAUAUCUUUAGAGUAUUUAAUUGUAGAGUAAAUAUUUAGUUUGCCACCUUAUUAUUAAAUUAAAUCCUUAAGAGUUCCUUUACAUUCAUUUAAAACCAGAUAAAUCAUUAAAUCUCCUUCUAAUUUUUUGA